UCUUCGGUUUGGUCACGUUACGUUACGUUGCGUGGCCCACCCCGACGACAUGACAGCAGCGAAAGCUCUAUCAUCUCUACAAAAUUUAGCAAUAACCUCCGUGGACUAGAACUCUCCGCUGGGGCUAAGCAACAAUCAACACGUACGUCGACGCACACAUAACUAACCGCCGGGGCGAUCGAUGUGCAGAACAAGAAGCCACCAAUUUGUCCCGAGUCGCCCACAAGUUUUUAGUAAUACCCGAUCGAGCUGCCUUUCAUAUACAUAUCUCGCCCUCAUUUGCACGCCUCUUCCUCUUGCUCGCCUCUUCUUCUUCCUUCGGUUUUGUUCCUCUUGACAUCGAGACCAUCUCAAUUUCUGGUGUGUUCUUGAAGAAGCUCGAGCUGUUUAUAGCUGUUCUCGAUCGAUCGAGCAGAUAGGAACUUCAGGAGAAAAUCAUGGAGGAAGAGCCCGGUGCGACGUGCCGAUACUACUGCCACAUGUGCUCGCUGAUCGUACGGCCAGAGCUGGGCGUCGAGGUCGUGACGUGCCCGCGCUGCCUCUCCGGAUUCGUGGAGGAGAUGGCCGACGGCCGGCGGAGCAGCAACGCCACCACAGAGUCCGGCGCAGACGACGCGGGCGCGAGGCCGGAGCACCAAGCUGUUCCGCCGUGGCCGCCUAUCCUCAUGGACCUCCUCGGCAUCUCCUACGGGCCCGAUGCCGGCGACGCCGCCGCCGUCGGCGACCUCACGCUCUUGGCGCGAAGACAGUACCGUCAGCUCGCCUUCCUGCAGCUGCUCAACGCGCUACGGGAAGGCGAAGCCGACGGAAACACGCCUGACUCGGCGCUGGAGCGGCUCGUGCUGGUUAGCCCCACCGACCGUGGAGGCAGCAACGGCGGCGCCGCCAGGGGCCCUGGACUGACGCUAGGUGAGUUGAUUCUUGGGCCCGGGCUAGACCUGCUGCUGGAGUACCUUGCGGAGACCGACCCGAGUCGGCAAGGCACCCUGCCGGCGAAGAAGGAGGCCGUGGCCGCCAUGCCUACGGUCAAGAUGGCCGCGGCCGUCACGUGCCCGGUGUGCCUGGACGAGUUCGAGGUCGGCGGCGAGGCCAGGGAGAUGCCCUGCAAGCACAGGUUCCACGACGAGUGCAUCGUGCCGUGGCUGGAGACGCACAGCUCCUGCCCCGUGUGCAGGUACCAGCUGCCCACGGACGAGGCCGCGGUCAUGGAGCCGGCCGGCAGUGCCAAUGGCGGCGAUCAGGAAAUGGUAAGCGCGUCCGGUGCCGGGAGUGCAAGCGAAGGCGGCGGCGAUGACGACGGAGGAGGCAGUGGUGGCAGGCGGCGGUGGCUUGCUCGUCCUUUUGCCCGGUUGUUCUCGCGCAGAUGGAACGGGGGCUCCUCGUCGUCGUCGUCAAGAUGACACUGAACCACGGGAGAAUCUAGCUGUGUAGUGUAGCAUCUUUGCUGUCGUACGUUUGUGAAUUCGUUCAUUGGUUGAAAAUUUGUAAUCGUUGGUUAAUUGUCUGUUCAAGGAUGAAAUUGCAGGUUUGUGCAGUGCGCUCAUGAUCA